CACAGCCGUAGCCUCCCUCUCGGUUCUGCUGACCCCACGUCCAGCCCGGGCGGCUCCGGCCGCGGCCGCACGCAGCGCCACGCGUCGAGAGCGCAGGCCCCGAAGCCACGCCGCCCUGACAGUAUGAGCCGCACAGCCUACACUGUAGGAGCCUUGCUUCUCCUUUUGGGGACACUGCUACCGGCCGCAGAAGGGAAAAAGAAAGGGUCGCAAGGCGCCAUACCCCCACCAGACAAGGCCCAGCACAAUGACUCGGAGCAGACUCAGUCACCCCAGCAGCCUGGCUCCAGGAACAGGGGACGAGGCCAAGGGCGGGGCACUGCCAUGCCUGGGGAGGAGGUGCUGGAGUCCAGCCAAGAGGCCCUGCAUGUGACCGAGCGCAAAUACCUGAAGCGAGACUGGUGCAAGACCCAGCCCCUUAAGCAGACCAUCCACGAAGAGGGUUGCAACAGCCGUACCAUCAUCAACCGCUUCUGCUACGGCCAGUGCAACUCCUUCUACAUCCCCAGGCACAUCCGGAAGGAGGAAGGCUCCUUUCAGUCCUGCUCCUUCUGCAAGCCCAAGAAGUUCACCACCAUGAUGGUCACCCUCAACUGCCCUGAACUACAGCCACCCACCAAGAAGAAGAGGGUCACACGUGUGAAGCAGUGUCGUUGCAUAUCCAUCGAUUUGGAUUAAGCCAAAUCCCAUCACAGUCAGCCUGCUCGAGGGAGACAGCCCCAGGCAGGCUCAGAGCCAGACCCCAAACAACCCAAUUCUACUUGGCUUCAACUGAGAGGCCAGAAGAACUAGCAGCUGCCUCCUGGCAGGAGCCUGCUUGUGCGUAGUUUGUGUGCAUGAGUGUGCGUGGGGGCCUGUGAGUGUUUUCAGACACCAGAGGAAACACGAUCUCUGUUAGAGGAUAUUUCCUAUUAUGUAAACUUAUCUGCUUAAAAUGGGGAUGGUCCAAAAAGCCCACAGCAGCCCAACUCACAUCCGAAAGGGGCACGGCUGUGGUCUGGUUCUGCUUUGGCCACCCUGUGCCCUCCUGGGGACCACAAUCUCCCUUUCGAACGAAUCUGAAUGGAUGAGGCUACUCUGUGGGAAAGAGACUUGUGUUCGUGCUGCAUUAGACUUGGAAAAGCUCCUGUAACCUGUGCUUGCUCGCUCCCUUCCACAGCCCACUCAUCCUUUUUUAGGUUCACAGUGAUUAGUGCAGUCUAACCCCGUGUCUGCCCAGGUUUCUGAACUAAUUCACUUCACCAUGGAUGUUUUUCAUUUUUGCAAAGACCCUCCAGACUCUGGGGAAGUUUGGCGUGGGCAAGGACAAGUGGGAUAGAGGAGUGAGACGGACGGUGAGGACUUGUUGGACUCAGCACAGUUCAGUAGAGAAAUGUGCAGAGACCUUAAAAGGCAACUCCAAACCAAUGAGACCCCUGCUUCAGUGAAAGCUUUUACCGGUAGUUAAUGGACCCAAGUGAACAGAGGAGAAAUGUGAUUGCCAAAAAAUCGUUAACUCUGACUGUCCCUGUGAUCUGCUGAAACUAGCUACAACCCAACACCAAACUGCAAAAAUAAAUAUUUAUUCCUAUUUUUGGAACCAAGUAAGCAAACUAGACCAGCUAGAAGUAUAUUUGAGUCUUCCUGGCUUUGCCAUUGUGAGGAGAUUAGCCAUAGAGAAGAGAAGGUUAAAAGAAAUGAAGGGGGUUGUCUCUGGCUAAGGAGUAGUUAGCUCUUAAAACCUGAAGGAGUUGUAAGGGAUAUGACCUGGACUUCUUCAUUUUCCCUUGAAGGUUCUAGGGGGAAAUUCUGUUAAGAAAGCAGGUCGUGGGGUGCCUUAGCUGUCCAUCUACUGGUGUGUCCAUGUGACAUUGUACCCUUUCUGUCCUUCCUGAGACACAACUUGGUUUGCUUCCAAUGCCUACUUAGAAUUUACCUAAGAGCCAAAGUACAGGGUAGACGAAACUCACUGCACUUUGGAUUUAGAUGACCUGUUCUCUUUAAACCUAAGGUUUUAUAUGUAGACACCACCAGUCUCCCCUCCCCUCAGAUGCUUUUUUUUUUUUUUUUUUUUUUUUUU